AUUAUUUUAGUCAUCUCUUGGAAUAUUUUCUCUCUCGUGUAAAAAAAAAUUUUCUCUUUUGCUCUCUUGUGACUGGCUUAUCCACGGAAUAUCUGACAGCUAUUUUUUCAUAUUUUGCGCACACAAUCGUACACAGAGACAACCCUUUUGUAAGACCCUAGACUAAAGUCAAGGGAAAAAGCAAUUUGAGCAUAACAUUGAGGCAAUAUAGUUAUACUGUUUUCUGAGUUGUGAUCGUAGAACGUAUCGUUUAAUUAGUGAAUGCGAUAGUUUACUAUUUAGUUAUAAAGUCCAACUCUCUAAAACGAACGUUGAAGAAGUUUGAAGAAAACAAACAAUUUUUUACCACUUUAUCAACUUUUAUCCAUAAAAACGAAAAAAAUUACAGAUUUCAGCUUGAUGUUUAGUUUCUCUGAAUCAACGAGAAAGUUAAGCGCUUCAAAGCAGAACCGAGUGGUCAAAAACCACAUUUUAUUUAUUAUCAGUACACGUAUGACACUGAUAUUUGCUUUUGCUUUGUCUUUAUUAUUGCCUCUUUCUUCGAAAAUUAAGACUCAAGCUUGCACAAGGUGACUGAAGUGUAUCGAUAUACUUCAAAGGAUCUGAAAUAAAACUUUCAUUUUCAUUCUCUAAUGAAUGUGAAAGUAGUCAAAGAAAAGUAAAUAACAUCAUUCAUUUUGUCUCCUCCCAUAGUCAAACGCUAGCCGUAUAUAUGAAGGAAGAAAAAUACGUCUACGUUAUACGCAAUGUGUGAAUGAUAGUGGUUUCUUGUGAACACCAUCUCAUCUCCAGUCGCUUUAUUCCCACACUUCCUUUGUUCUAGAUCAAUAAUCAUUAUUAAAAUGAAUAAUAUGAGAUUAUAUGAAACAAAUCGAGGCGUGUUAACAGGACGAUCAGUGACGUUAUCCGAUACAACUUUUCAUCAUAAACAAAAGGAUAAAGUUGUAUCUAGUUUUAAUCGUUAUUCUGUCGGAGUCUUUUAUACGUGGCUCAUAUCAAUUUUCAAAGAAAUAUUUUUACCCGCAGGUUAUCCGGAUAGUGUUAGUAGAGAUUAUUUACCUUAUCAAAAAUGGGAUACACUUCAAGCAUUUACUUCGUCUAUUACAAAUGCAUUAGCAUUCAGUGCUAUAUUGGAAGGAAUGGGUGUGGGUGAUGAGAAAGCAUCCGUGUUAUCAGCAACAUUUGUUUGGUUAAUCAAAGACGGUGUUGGAAUGUUUGGUCGAAUUAUGUUUGCAUGGCUGCAUGGAACAGAUUUGGACAGAAAUUUAAAAAUGUGGCGUUUUUAUGCUGAUAUAUUGAAUGAUUUAGCAACAAGUAUCGAUUUACUUGCGCCUUACUAUAAAUCGCUGUUGUUACCAAUUACCUGCUGCUCAAAUUUGUGUCGCUCAUUAGUCGGUGUUGCAGGUGGUUCUACACGAGCAGCAUUGACACAACAUCAAGCACUUAAUAAUAAUAUGGGAGAUGUUAGUGCUAAGGAUGGUAGUCAAGAAACAUUAGUGAAUCUGGUAGCAUUAAUUUGUAAUCUAUUUAUACUUAAAACAAUUAAACAAGAUCGUUUACUUGUGUGGACAUUGUAUGUACUGUUAACAUGUUUACAUUUAUACGCCAAUUACCGUGCUAUUCGUACAUUAAAUUUAAAAAUGUUCAAUUGGAAUCGUUAUGUAAUAGCAACAGGUUAUUAUUUUCAACAUCGAAUUGUACCAUCUAUUGAAUUUGUAAAUAGAACCGAACCAUUAUUGUAUGAGAUUAGACAAAAUAUUACCUGUAAUAUUGGAAUUGAAUUCAGAGACCAUGUUGAUGAU